AUUAGAAUUAGGGAUUUUAGGAAGAAGAAAGGGGAGGGAUGGCUGCCGAUCGGCCAAGGGAGAGAGAAAGAGAGAGGGAAUUCGGCGCUGGAGAGAGAGAGAGAGAGAGAGAUUAGGUUUUGGGUUUUCUGUAGUUUAUUGCUUAAUGACAAAAUAACUCCCUACUGCAGAUUAUAUAAUCCGCAAAAUACCCAACUGCUACCCACAUAAUGAAAAUACCCCAAAUGAUUCCCCCAAUUAUCAAAAACCGACAAUAAUACGAAAUAAUGAAAAGCUGUAAAUUGUUUGUUUCUAACACCACUCUUCUUGGUUUUCACUUCCUUGAGCUUCCCUGCAGGAAAUGGUCCACGGAAUGAAACAAAUUUCUGCGUUAAGUCUUUCAGGUUCAGAACUUUCUGUUCAA